AUGGACUCCAAAAAGGCUUGGCGCCUUCCAAGCCAGCGUGGAAAAACCCACAUGCAAAACAUUCAUCAUAAUGGUGUAAACUAUUCAGCGAGAGCGCUCAUUGAUUCUGGUUCUGAGUGUUCUUUCAUAACCGAAAGACUCAAACGAAGAAUCAACCUGCCAUCGAAACCCUUGCAUGCCCAAGUUUCGGGCAUCAAUAAUUCAAUAUCUGCGCAGGUAAAAGAAGCGUGUGCUAUUCAUUUGCGAUCUCCUACGGAUCCGUUAAUCAAUAUAAACACGACCGUAUUAGUUUUGCAACAAUUGACAGGGGAUUUGCCGACUUGCCAAGUAAGCGCAAUGACGCGGCAAGCAUUCCCAGACUUGAUUUUGGCGGACAAGAGGUUCUUCGUCAACGAGCCCGUUGACCUCGUCUUAGGCGGAGACGUCUACCCCCAAAUCAUUUUAAGCGGUUUAAAGAAGAACAUCCUAAAUACACUUCUCGCACAAGAAACCGUGUUCGGUUGGAUACUGACCGGUCAAGCGGAAUCAUCGAAUCCAACCAAUAAAAGAGUAUCAUUUUUUAAUGAAGUUACUGUGGAUAAACAGUUAACGGCCUUCUGGGAGCUAGAAGAUAUCCCCAAGAAAGGAAGUAUGGAUGCCGUUGACAUAUAUUGUGAAAGGCUUUUCAAAGCAACGACAAAGCGAAAUGAUGGUGGGAAGUACAUUGUCUCCUUACCCUUCAGGCAAGAUUUUCCAAAUAAUGUUUGUCUAGGACCAUCACUAACAAGCGCUUGCUCUCAGUUCUACCGGAAUGAGCCGCGACUAGCAAAAAAACCUGUUCUUCAAACAGAGUACAACCGGGUUUUAUGUGAAUAUGAAAUAUUGGGCCACAUGUCAAAGAUUUCAACUACCGUAUCACCAGAGUCAACCGACUGUUAUUUCCUACCACAUCAUGCUGUGUUAAAAGAGGAGAGUACCACAACAAAGGUCAGAGUGGUAUUUAAUGCAUCAUGCCCAACCGCCAACGGUAUGAGUUUAAAUGACGUCCUCCUUCAAGGUCCUGUACUUCAGGCCGAUUUAACUAUCCUCAUACUCCGUUGGAGACUGUUCCAAUACGUCUUCAACAGCGAUAUAGAGAAAAUGUAUCGGCAAAUAUACGUAAACGAGAAUCAAACGAAAUAUCAGCGCAUAGUUUUUCGCACCUGCCCAAGAGACCCAAUUAGUUUAUACGAAUUAAAAACGGUGACUUUUGGCAUCAACUGUGCUCCUUAUCUCGCGAUAAGGACAUUGCAUCAACUAGCUGAUGAGGUUGAGAGCUCGUUUCCAAUAGCAUCCGAAAUUUUGCGAAAGUGUAUGUACGUGGACGACGUACUUGCUGGAGGACACAGCAUCGAAGCAGCGAUUAAAGCUCGAGAAGAAAUCCUACAGGUACUGGAUUCAGCAGGGUUCCCGUUAAGAAAGUGGACUUCGAACUCCAGUAAAAUACUUGAAGGUAUACCGAAAUCUCAUUUACUCACCGAAGAUUUUCUACAGUUUGAAGAUUCUAGUGCGGUAAAAGCACUUGGCAUCAGAUGGAAUGCCAAAUCUGACUACUUCUAUUUCACAGCAAAACCAAUAGAAAAUCGUGCCGUCAUCACCAAAAGAGCGAUACUUUCAGCUAUCGCCAAACUGUUUGACCCGAUCGGUUGGCUCGCUCCAGUGGUAAUUGUCGCCAAGAUCAUUAUGCAAAAUAUUUGGUUGGAGGGAAGUGGUUGGGACGAUACCGUGUCUACGACCACAUUAGAUCGUUGGCAGGCAUUUAUGCACGACUACAUGAACAUUAAUACCAUUCGCAUACCAAGAUGGGUUCACUUUACGCAAACAGAUGACGCCGAAAUACAUGGAUUCAGCGACGCUUCGGAGAAAGCAUACGCGACUACUGUUUUCUUGAGAGUUAAGACUGCAGAAAGAGUUGUGGUCAGCCUUCUAAUGGCAAAAACAAAGGUAGCGCCCGUCAAAACAGUAUCGUUACCCCGUUUAGAACUAUGCGGCGCAGUUUUGCUUUCGGAAACCUUAGAAGCAGUCGUCGAAAAUCUGAGUCUUGUACAUAUGAAAAUAAAUCUCUGGACAGAUUCGACAAUAGUCCUAGCAUGGAUCCGGAAACCACCGUGUUCGUGGUCAACCUUCGUUGCUCACCGAAUAACAAGAAUUGUAGACAAGGUGGGAACCGACAACUGGCGUCAUGUGGAUUCGGCAUCAAACCCAGCAGAUCUGGCCAGUAGAGGACUCUCGGCUAGUGAACUAGUCUCAUAUAUUAUGAGAUUCUAUCAAAGAACUCACCCCAGUACAAAAUCUUCUUUUAAAGCGGAGUCUCCAUUAAUUUCGCCGGCCGAAAUUAAAACAACGACACAAUGCUUAAUAACCAUUUAUCAACAACGACACUAUAGAGAAGAAUAUGAACAAUUGAAAUCAGGUAAAUCCAUCGAAGGGAAAAGCGAAAUUUUGCCCCUUAAUCCAUUCAUCGACAAGGAUGAUGUUAUGAGGGCUGGUGGUCGUCUUGGCGUAUCCCUUGACUUGGCCUACAGUGAGCGCCAUCCAAUUAUUCUCCCAUAUGAAUGCGCCACAGAUAUUUAUCUAUUUGUUAAUUCAAAUAAAGAAAAUCGCAAUUUCACAUUCUUAAAUACAUAG